CUCACAGUCAGACUUGUAAACAAGCGGAAAUUGAGGAACGCGUGAGUGCGCUUUUUGGACGGUGGCGCCACGACGGGUGAGACCGGGUUGGGGGGUUGGGGGGCGCGAGCUAACCGCCUGCCUCGGCCCCCUGCGCCACCUGAGGACCAGUUCUGCCUCAUCGAUUAUCUUUUUAAUUUUCUACUGGUAAUUGCCACUAUUUAAGGUAGCAACUGUGGCAACGUUGCGAGGCCGCACUCUCGUUAAGUCUGGAAGUUGGUGCUGCAAACGCCCUUAGUCGCAGGUCAGUAGCUUAGGUAGGAUUCGACAAACGUGCAACAAUGUCGGUAGCGACGCUGCGACUAUCAACCUCAGUGGGCCCUGCCACAAGCAUUUCCGCGACCUCCGCGUCCAGCGGCAACGCCCAGCAGCCUCGAACUUGCGUGGGGCUUGCGUGUCAGGCAUCUGCCCAAAGCCUCAACUCGUUCGACUCGCUCGGCACGGCGGUCGGGAGCGGAGACAAUCUUGGACGCAGCAUUUCGAGUGACGGAACGUGCGAGGUUCACGAGCAGCGCGUGAGCGGCGGGGCCUUUAAAACAGCUGCUGCCGCUGUGCGAGAUUUUCUUGAUGCAGCAGUGCCGUCUGCGCUGCUAGAAAUGCGUGGCAGCAGGCCUGUUCCUGCUGUUGCCAAACCCACUGGCGCAGCCGCAGCCUGUCCCAUGAAGGUGGAUGACACCCGGAGCUUCUCGGAGCAGACGGGCUUGAGGCCCAUGUUUUUCAGGCGUGAUGAGACGCUCCAGCGCCUGCUAAGAUCCACGGCGGGCAUUCCCGAGGAGGGCGCAGCCGGGGAGGGCGAGGAGGGGGCAGUGGCGGGGCAGCAGCAGCAGAUGCCGCUGCAGCAGUUGCAGCAGGGUGAGGGGCAGCAGCCAGCGGAGCUACAACCGCAGCAACAGCACGACCAGCAGGGCCAGCAUGGGGAGCAGCCACGCGCUCGCACCAGCACAGGGGCCACGCCGUACCUGCCUUCCUGGGAUAUCGCGAGGAGCACCUUAUGGGCGCAGCUGGAGACAGGGCUGUUGCAGGUGGCGGCGCUGGAGCACCAGGCGGCUACGGCGGUGGCGGCAGCAGACCCAGCUGCAGCCGCUUGCGCCAGCUGUGUAGUAGACACGCACGGCUUCCACCGAGCCGGGGCACUGCAGCGGCGGCACGCCGCGACGCACCUGGGAGCGGUUCAGGAGGGGGGCGAGGAGUGCGCGGGCGAUGCCGGCGACCAGCAGGAAGAGGUGGUGAUAAGGGAGGAUGCCGACGCGGCUGCCUCAAUCGGCCGCGCAGCUGUGACGCGCCUGAGCAUUCAGGUUGAGGGGCUGGAAUGCGCUGCCACUGCUACAGCCGCGGCUGCCACAAGCUCGAUAGGGCGCUGCUAUAGCCGCACACGCAGCAUCGGCCGCGCCGCGUGCGCCGAGCUGCCGCCCCCACGCGGUCUUGGCGACGUGCCGCUGACACCGUCUGGCGGUGGCAGCUGUGGCGGUAGUGGCGGAGCGCUGGGGGCACGAGUGGGGUCCGCAACGGGGGCUGCGGCCUUCGGCCGCGCGCCCAUGUUUUUGCGCGGCGGCCGCGGCCGCGGCAGUAGCAUCGUCGCCGCAGCGCUGCCAGCCGCCGCCAUGAAUUUCGCUACUGUCACGGCCACAACAGCCGCUGGCGCAGCCUCCGCCGCGUGCAACAGCUGUGGCGUAGCCGUAGCCGCCGCUGCAGGCGCCCAACAGCACCCCCACCCCCACCACCACCAUCACAGCCGCCACCACCACCACCACCACCACCACAACGUGGCCUUUGCGGUGGGCCUGGCCGCAGCCACCACCGCCAACGCAGCGGUGAACUCGGUGGGCGACCUGGCUGUAGCGGGGCUGUCGGCUGUAGCAAGCACCGCCCUGCUGGGCGCCGUGUCGUCGGCGGCGCUGCAGCAGCUGGGGCCGCACGCGCUGGCGGCCGGCAGCAACAUGCUGGUCAACCGGAUACAGAGCAUCAUUGUGAAGAAGACCUCCACCGCCGCCAUGGACGCCGCACUGGAUGCCGCCGCCGCGGCCGCUGGCCCGUCCGCCCAUCCCUCCGCCUCUGCCGGCAUCUCCGCGGCCUCCAGCAGUGCCGGCGGCUGCAGUCGCGAGGCGCUCAAUCAGCGGCUUCGCGCCACUAUGCUCGGCAUGAGCGUCACGUGGUUCCUCUUCAACCUUGGCGGCAUGCAGGACGGCCUGAUGCAUCUGGACUUCCAACAUGACUUCGUGCACAGCGCCAAGACGAUGAUGGACCUGGCCACCAGCGGGCCCAACUUCAUGGAGAACUGCCGCGAGCUGCUGCAGAUCGGCUUCAGUGUGGUUUUGAACCUGAGCGCCCGCAACGCGGCCGGCGGCGGCGGCGGCGGCCUGGUGGCGGGCGCCGCCGCCGGCAACCUGGAAUUCGUACACGGCAUUGCGGAGGGCCUGCAGGCGAUGCAGAACAUUGCAACCGGCAUCCUGGGCUGUUGAUGCCUGGUGGAGUGGUGGCUUGGCGCAGGGCAGCUUAGCGGCUGCGGUAAGAAUUGCGAGAUAUCAUGAUAAUAGAGGGACCCUCGUGAUGCGCAGAGCAUGUGAUCCCUGCAUUCGGCCCUGCAUAGGCGACGCGGGGAAGUGCUAUGGAGUAUCAUGUCACCUUGUGCAACCCAAGGUGUUCAUUGGUGCUCUUGUGCGCAGCCGGACUAAGGGGAUGUAUGAAAUUGCGGUGAUUGUGUUCACGGUGGGCGGGCUGCAGCUGCGGGCGGUGCGGCAGGAUUCAGGAAUGAUGCAGGAGGGCUGCGGGUGUGAGGGCAGAACACAGUGGUAGGCGUGGGCUACCGCAGCCGCAGCAAGUAGCAGGUAUAAGGGUGUGGCGGCGCUAGCGGCUCGCCAGCCCGUAUCUUUGGGUGUGUUGAGUGUGAUUCUCGCGGUAUGGCUUGCGGAAUGCUGCUUUACGAUAUAGCACAGGUGCGAGAUGUGCGCAGCGAUGGACGGGGGCUUGCUUUUGUUGUCUGGGACCCCUUGCUGCUACGCCCAGGAGCAUGUUACGAGAAUUACCUUGGGGUGGCUGGAGCCUGGAGCCUGCGGUGCAUAGCGAUGAGGCAUUGAGGCCUAGCAGGGCUGGCGCAUGACGGCCAGUAGGUGGGCUUGUGUCCUGCGCAGCUCACAGAUGUGGAAAUACUCGCGUCCGGUUGAGUGCACAGACUGCAAAACUGUUACCGGUACACAAGCUACAAUGAGCAAUUGAAUAUGCCCGGCUGGCUUGAGCGGCCGCGCCCGGGACCGGGGGGGAAUGAAUAGGUAUACAUCAGAGAAUACAUAUUGGUUUGGUUGCCGGUUGCGCCAGGUUGCGCAGCUUGCGCUCUAUGUUGCAUUUGUGCGCUUCAAAGGCUGUGAUGGCGUCUAUAGCGCAACGUGGAACAUGAUGAUUGUGUGCAGUGUGCAGGGAGUAAGGGAGAAUCGGUCGGGCGUGGGUUGAAGCACAUGUGCUUUACUUGAGUUACGCAGGGUUACAGCAGCACGAAUUCAGUCACGCGGCGAAGGCGCUAGUGGUUUCAUACGCCGCGUAAGCUGCGAUGUCAUUUGAUGUGGCGCCGACACAGGUGCAUAUACGUCAACGCCGCUUUUGAGUCGCUGGGCGAUGCACCGGGGAUGUUCGGGAUGGCUAGAGACCUUGACCUACUUCGGUCACCCAGGAGGGCUGUGCUUACUAGCAGCUGUGUACGGACUUAUAGCUUGGACCAAUCAUGCUUGCAGGCCAGGCCAGUGGCGCAUCCCUUUGGUGGUGUCAUCAGGAGAGGAAAGCCGCCGGGGGCGAGGCUGCGGGGUCGGGCGGGCCGUUCGUGGAGCCGUGCAGGAGUAGCCGCUGCUAACAAUUGAACUGCAUAUGCAUA